GUGCUUUACAAUCUCCCCACUGAAAUUUCUCGGAUAGCAUUCCAGAAGUAAAUUUAAAUUAACAUUAAAUUUUGAAGCCAAACACUAGAGAAUCUUGAAAAAAGGGUAAAUAUGUGAAUGGGAAAGUACGAUGAAAUCGAGGACCGAGUGUGGCGUCAGUGAAGAAACACGAAAAAGUUUGUGAAAGUUGGAACUCUGGUUUUUGGGUGCGAUUUUUUGGAGACUACGAAGAAGGGAUUGUUUUUGGAGUUUGAUAAAAGUUGGAAAUGCCACGGAUGAGGGGAAUUAUGGCGAUGUUUUGCCCAUCGGCCCUGAGGAAAGGGAGGGUUGCCCCUUGAGCGAUGACCUCCAAAAUCGAGACGGAUUUUUACCUCUGCGUUGAAGGCUUUUACGGCGUCCAUCGUGAUAAUCUUGUGCGAGACGCACUGUCACUCUUUUUUAAAUAAUUUCCAUGCGUCGAAAUUCGGUCGUUUUUAGGGGAAAUAUUCUUUCACUAUAUUGCCAGAUUAUCGCGCACUUCAUUAAGAGGGCCAGCAUGCCAUCCAAGAUGGCCACUGCUUUUACCCAGAAUGCACCGUUGCGGCUUGAUCAAUUGGUAACUGUAGAAGGUGAUUUUACCGACAGAACCGAUAGGUCGAUCACCUGCCCUGCCUGUUUUCCGGCUUUUCGUCAAUUUCUGACCCUUCUGACUUUUUGAAAAAUCGUAAAUCCAAAAUGUGCCGAAAGUUGAUUUUUUAAUGAGUAAAAAUCGUUAGAGAGGAGAGAACAAAAUAUAUUGGAGUGCCAAAAUCUGUAGAUGUUAACAAAUCGCCUUCGCUCCAAAAUGUGGUAUUUUAAAUUUAGAUAAAUAACGGAAGUCAAUUUGUGAUUUGUUCCUAUCAUUUAUCAAUCAUGUCUUCACAAUCUUGGCAAUCGGUUCUUCAGAAUUUUGCAGUAGGAAAUAUAAAUUCUGGUUUUGAACCUGUUGAUAAGAAAGAAGAUACGGAAUGGAUGAAAAGCUUGAGUACAAAAAAGAAUAUUUUCUACGGUGGAACGCCUUACAUGCCAAUUUUAAUGGAAAAUAUUCUGAACUACAUUGAACUAGAAGAUUUUGAAUUUGAGCGAAUAAAAGAGAUACAGACAGUAGGAUUCGUUUACGGAGUCGGAUGGGAAGCAGCUACUCUUUUCAAUAAUAAUCUAAAUAACCAGGCCUCUAUAAAAUUGACCUUUGAAUGCUGUAAAUACGAAUAUCUUUCUGAAACUGGCUAUCAACCGGAUUUAAAAAUUCCAUGCAAAGUAUAUGGAAGACUAAUCAACUUUGAAGGAAAACCUCUCAUAGAAGUUCAUCGUCUAUCCAAAAUCAACGACCCGGAAGGAAGUUUGAAAACAAUAACGAUGCUUUCGAAAAUUGUGCGUCAAAAAUACCAUUAUUAUGUCUGUUCUACAGACCCUCAGUGGUAGUAAAUUAAUAUGUUUAAAUUAAUUAUUGAAUUGUCUAUACAAAAAGCUAGUUUGUUAAAUUAAGUUAUUUAUAUUUGGGAAAGUUAAUUAAAAUUUCAUGUUUUUAUGUUUUAAUUAACUUGUAGAUAAAUAAUGGAGACUGCUUUUUCGCGGCGUGUGUGAAAUACAAGUUGAAUAAUUAUUUUGUAUAUAAAAAUGUUUACUUUUUUAAAAACGCUUGUCUUUUAUUAACAUUUUUUUCCAAAAAGCGAAAAAACAUUACAUGAAAUCUAAAACACUAUUUUAAUUAUGAACAAAAGACCACUCCCGAGCUAAGUGUUGCUGAAUUGAGGGAAAAAAAGUUUAAUCAAAGAAACUAAUCAAUUUAUAUAAAAUGAAGUGAAAAAUCAUUUCAAAU